AAGAACAAGUGGAAGGCAUCGAAUUGGUCCAAAAAGAAAAAGGCCAGACAAAGCGACUUCAAGCAUCCGAUAUGACGCAGCAAAUAACCAAUAUGAAGAAUUGCCUGAAUGAUGCUACUCAUCGAUAUGAGCUGAGAUCACUAACUUUAAUUCUGCUUCGUACCGAGCAUACAUCAGUUCAAUGUAUGUGCUAAGUUGUGUACAUGCUUAUGGAUUGCCCAAUCACUGAUUCUUCUAGCCGAGAUAUCCAAACUCAAGCGAGCCCCAGCCGAGCAUAUUCAUGUAGAAAGCAAAUCAGAGUGCCUACCCACACGCAAGAGAGGGUUCGCGAAUCCUUAUUGAGGCUCCUGAAUGAAGCUGAGAACCGAUUCGUCUGGCUACGAGGAUCUCCUGGAACGGGAAAGACUGCGAUAUCCAUGAGUAUCGCAUCCACUCUUAAGGAGCAGGGUACUCUGGCAGCGUCAUUCUUUUGGGAUAAGAACCGGACAGGAACAGGCUUGGAUUCUAUCGAACUGUUCCCCUCUACCCUCGCCUGCCAACUUGCCUCCUUCAAUGAGGACUUUAAAUUGUCUCUUAUUAGACGCCUUCGGCAAUCGGAUAUGAUGUUCGUUCAGGAUGCCCCUCCAGAAAAACAAAUCAAUACUCUAAUGAUCGAGCCAAUGCGCGAUCUGAAGGACAUAUUUUCUUCGGGCAAGGACCAACGCUUCUUCAUCAUCUUGGAUGGUCUAGAUGAGUGCGGGGAUCAGGAGACGCUCAGGUCCUUGGUGAGGCUAGUCGUUUCUCUUGAGGAGCUGCCCUCGGCGUUUUCUGUACUAGUUAGUUGUCGUCCCGAGCCAGGAGUUAUUUCAGCCUGGUCAACGGCUCGAAACAAGGGUCACGUCGUACCGUGUGAAGAUCUGGACAGGAUCAUGAACGAUGAAGGUUUCUACACGGUGCGGCGUAUGGUUGAGGAUGGCCUUCAGCACGUCAUCAAUAAUCUUCAUGGAGACCAACGGAGUGGCAACUCGAUGAUUUUGUUCGGGCUUGUCGGGGGUUACCUAUUAUUGCGUCUAUCCGAGUUCGCGAUAUCGGCCUGCAGACACGGCGUGGCCGCUCCUUACAGUCGGUGUUCCGGGAGUUCCUAAACCUCACCAACCACACCAACCACCUGCCAACCUCAAGGAGGAAUACUUGCGGAUACUUCGACAAGCCUAUAUGCCGGAUCCAUCUGACAUACACCCAGAUGUAGUCAAGAUGUAUCGCUUAGUGGUUGGCACGAUUGUUGCGGCGCAUCAUCCGAUGAACAUCUCUGUUAUAUCACAGCAUUUCAAGAUUGGUGAAGAUGAGAUCCGUGCAACAUUGGAACCAAUUAGCUCCAUCAUCGAUGAUCCCUUGGGAACACAGAGGACAUCAAUUCUAUCA